AUGCCUGGACAACUGCGAGACUUUGUCACCAUCGAAACCCUUGCUGCAGCCCUCUCUAAAUUUUGCAUUUUAGGCCUGCGGAAUGGAACAUACUGGCUCACGGUUCAUGGCUCAUUUGUAGCAUGUACAACUCAUGAGUAUGUGCUUGCGGCCCGAAUCACUGACCUAGUGAUCUCCUUCAAUGUCGGCGCAGCCUUCAACGUGCUUGAUAGCGUCGAACUAAGCUACGCGCAGUUGCAGCUCCAGCCUGUAGCUGCAAAUGGGAAGGCAUGGCUGGGAGCUGACCGACUUUGGAUUGCAUUAACACCAACUCCACUGGCCACUUCAUUCCACCGACACAUGCGAAGUCACAAAAAUCAUAUGCACACCUCCGAAUCCACCGAAAUUAUUGCAUUGCCGUUAGGCAUUUUAGACUUGUGUCAACCUUUUUGCGCACUGGUCAAUCGGCCUUUAUUGAUCUACGUAUUCACCAUGUCUUCUCUAGCUUUUCGACCCCGCGGGCUUAUCAAGAGUCCGAUAAUGGAGGUUUUGUAUCGCAAAGCUCAUAUUGCGAACGUCUUUACUGGAAUUACUGAUCCUAAAGAGUAUGAAACAACCGCUCUUGCGGAAGUUAUGUUCUAUACCGAAUUCACCGUCGCCGAGAACUUUAUAGUGAAUAUUCAGUACCCGCCUGCACCUGGAUCCACGCUCGGUGCGGCCAUGCCAUCAGAUAUCUGGAAACGGACCAGAACAAAUCAAGCGUUCAGUUUGAAAGCACUAGAAAAACAGGCCAGCGACUACUGUAAAGUAUACCUUGAGAGGGAACAUGACAUACCGUUCGUUAUGGAAAUAUUGGCGUGA